AUGUGCGGUGUUGCCGCUCUCCUGUUGGGGGACACAAAAGCCACUACGGCUGCUGUGGAGCUCCAUGAAUCCUUAUACUUUCUCCAACAUCGUGGUCAAGAUGCCGCAGGGAUAACGAGUUGUUCGAAUGGCCGUGUGUAUCAAUGUAAAGGAAACGGAACUGCUUCCAAGGUUUUCACUGAGGGUCUUCGUCUUCAGUAUCUCCCUGGUUAUAUGGGUCUUGGCCAUUUGCGCUAUCCCACUGCAGGAACAUCAUCCGCGUCGGAGGCACAGCCUUUCUACGUUAACUCUCCCUACGGUAUCUCGAUGAGUGUGAAUGGUAAUCUCGUGAAUACCCAGGACCUUUGCAACUUUUUGGAUGGGGAAGCUCGCCGACAUGUCAACUCUGAUUCAGACUCGGAGCUCCUCUUGAAUAUUUUCGCCCAUGGUCUUCAGAAGCUCGGCAAACGUCGUGCCAACUCAGAGGACAUCUUCACGGCGCUUGGUGACGUUUAUUCAAUGUGUCAGGGAGCAUUUGCAUGCACUGCGAUGAUUGCAGGUUUCGGUAUCCUGGGUUUUAGGGAUGCCAACGGUAUCCGUCCCCUCUGCCUGGGCUCACGGCCUUCAACCACCCUGCCUGGAGCGACGGAUUACUUCAUGGCUUCGGAAUCCGUGGCACUGAAGCAGCUGGGUUUCCGUGAUAUAAUAGAUGUUCUUCCUGGCCAGGCCGUCUUUAUUGAGAAAGGACAGGCACCCAUAAUGCGCCAGAUUGUCGAGAGAAGAUCCUACACACCAGACUGCUUCGAAAUGGUAUACUUUGCGCGCCCAGACUCCUGCAUAGACGGUAUUUCUGUAUACCGCAGUCGGCAAAAUAUGGGAGUAAAGUUGGCCAAGAAGAUCAGGGAAGUCCUUGGAGAGGAUGGAGUCAAGGAUAUCGAUGCUGUCAUCCCUGUUCCUGAAACGAGUAAUAUCGCUGCCGUCUCCCUGGCCAACGAGCUAGGAAAGCCAUACGUGACGGCUUUGAUCAAGAACCGAUAUGUUCACCGCACAUUUCUACUCCCCAACCAAGCAUUAAGGCAGAAGAGUGUCCGCCGUAAGCUCUCGCCGAUAGAGUCUGAGUUCCGGGGAAGGAAUUUGAUUAUCGUCGACGACAGUCUCGUCCGUGGCACUACCUCGCGGGAAAUUGUCCAAAUGGCAAGAGAAGCCGGAGCAACUCGCGUUAUAUUCGUUUCAUGCUCCCCAGAGUGCACACAUCCGCAUAUCUAUGGCAUUGACCUUGCGGAUCCUGCUGAUCUCAUUGCGCAUGGCAAGACAACGCAAGAAGUUGCCAAGUAUAUCCACGCCGACGAAGUCAUUUUCCAGGGUCUUGAGGAUUUGAAGGAUGCCUGUAGAGAGGCUGCGGAAGGAACAAGUCAGGUCGAAGACUUUGAGGUUGGCGUUUUCUGCGGAAAAUACGUCACAGAUGUGCCAGAAGGCUAUUUCGCCCAUCUGAGCGAACUUCGGCAUGGGAAGCCGGCUCAGAAGGCCGGUAUGAAUGAUGUUCCGGCCGGUGGUGACGAAGUUGGCGUGGUUAGCAGUUCAGGGCCGUUGAACUCACUCCCGGAUGCUGGGGAAACUCCAGACCGCCGCGAAGAUGUCAGUCUGUACAACUUUGGAGGCGAAUUUGCUUCACACGAAAAAUAG